AUGGCUUGUGCACCCUUUGCUAGAUUUACAAUCUACUGCCUCCAGAAGUCUGACAACUUCGCAGCUUGCCUCAGCACCCUCGGCUUCCGCGGGAUGGACACCCGCGAGCAAGACAUAAGCGCCGCUGUCGAGCACACGUGCAACUGGCUGUUUGAUACCCCCGAGUUUAAGAAAUGGCGGGAUCGCACAGAUCUGACGGAUAACUAUGGAGUGCUCUGCAUCAAAGGAAAGCCGGGAGCGGGCAAGUCAACAUUGAUGAGACAUACGCUGGAAUACUGUCAAAAGAAAUUCUCCGAUCAUCUAAUCGUUGCGUACUUCUUCAACGCGCGAGGAAAUACCCUAGAGAAGACUCCACUGGGUAUGCUACGGUCAAUUGUAUACCAGCUAUUGGACAAAGACGACCUGCUGUAUGAACAGUUUGUCCAUAUCUACCGCAAGAAGCAAAUCACCAGUGAAGGCCGUGGGUGGGAAUGGCAACAAGGAGAACUGAAGACUUUCAUCAUUUCAGUAAUCCAACAGUGGAAAUCAAAGCCUUUGCUUCUUUUUGUGGAUGCGCUGGACGAGUGCAAUGAGACAGACAUUCAGGACGUGGUAGAAUUUCUCGAAUUACUGAGCACCGAUGCAAAGAAAUCUGACGUCGCUCUGAGAAUCUGUCUCUCUAGACGCCAUCAUCCGCCUCUCAGAAUCACAAAGUGCAUGGAGUUGAUCGUCGAGAAUCACUGCGACCAUCGGGAAGAUAUUGCAACAUAUAUCAAAGCGAAGCUGGCGAAACGAGAUGACGAAAUCGAGGCCGAGAUCGAGAGAAAGGCGGAUGGGAUCUUCAUGUGGGUUGUCCUUGUUAUUAAGCUACUGAACAAAGCCUCCCUCAAGAUGCAGGGCAAGAGAAAGGCCAUGCGGAAAGUGCUAGAGGAGAUCCCAGGCGAGCUAGAAGAGGUGUUCGGAAUUCUAUUUAAGAAAGAUAAAGACAUGGCUGAGACAGUACUCAUGUUACAGUGGGUAUUGUUUGCCCAACGGCCACUGAAGCCAGAAGAGCUUUGUUCUGCUAUUGAAGCAGAAGACGAGGAGUUGUGGAGUCAGUCGGGCGAUGUUGACCACGAUUCUAUACAGCGAAGCAUCGAGCACUUAUCCAAAGGCCUAGUCGAGAUACGACGCGGGGAUUCGACAACUGUGCAGUUCAUUCAUUUAUCAGUUAAUGAUUUCCUUCUCCGGAACAAGAGGCUGCAGAAGUUGGACCCGGCGCUGGAGCCGGAUCCUGUGAGUGCUAGCCACUACCGUCUCUGGGCUUGCUGUUGGUUGCACAUUGAACAAGCCGGCAUUAUAGCUGCGAACGCGAAGGAGGUAUAUGAAGAACAGCAUCGCAAGUACCCGCUUCUAGGGUACGCAGCCAGUCAUAUAUUCGACCACGCAGAAAAAGUCCUAGCUGAAGAUACAGCUGGACAAGCCGGCGCCGAAAUCGGAAAGUGGCUAAGGGAUGCCAAUAGCUGGUUCAAAUGGUGGAAAGGCUUUCUCAGUACCAUUCAUACACGUAACGAGCGUCAAUCCCUGAAAGCAAACAUGGAUGCGGGGCUAUUGUAUAUGGUAUCACUUCGUGGUUAUAGAAGCUUAGUCAAAAACAUCUUGGCUGAAGGUGGCGCCGACGUCAACGCUCAGGGCGGUGAGUACGGUAACGCGCUCCAGGCGGCUUCCCGGGGAGGACACCGGCAGAUCGUGGAGCGGCUACUCGAGGCGGGCGCCGACGUCAACGCUCAGAGCGGUAAGUACGGUAACGCGCUCCAGGCGGCUUCCCAGGGAGGACACCGGCAGAUCGUGAAGCGGCUACUCGAGGCGGACGCCGACGUCAACACUCAGGGCGGUUGGUACGGUAACGCGCUCCAGGCGGCUUCCCUAAGAGGACACCAGCAGAUCGUGGAGCGGCUACUCGAGGCGGGCGCCGACGUCAACGCUCAGGGCGGCGAGUACGGUAACGCGCUCCAGGCGGCUUCCCUAAGAGGACACCAGCAGAUCGUGGAGCGGCUACUCGAGGCGGGCGCCGACGUCAACGCUCAGGGCGGCGAGUACGGUAACGCGCUCCAGGCGGCUUCCCAGCAGAUCGUGGAGCGGCUACUCGAGGCGGGCGCCGACGUUAACGCUCAGGGCGGUGAUUUCGGUAACGCGCUUCAGGCGGCUUCCCUAAGAGGACACCAGCAGAUCGUGAAGCGGCUACUCGAGGCGGGCGCCGACGUCAACGCUCAGGGCGGUGAUUUCGGUAACGCACUCCAAGCUGCCUUGCACAAAAAUCAUCACGCUAUCGCAAACAUGCUUCGUAAGGCAGGAGCAAAUGUCAUCCCUAGACCUACCGUCGACUCUGGAGACAAUGACGACAGUGAUGCUGGCGCGGACGCUACCACCAGUGAAAAGAGUCAUGACAGUGUUUCGCCCGAAGCUGCUCCGGCCACGGUUUCUCCAGGUACAGCAGCGACAUCACCUAAGAUAUGGUUUCCAUUUCGGACUCAAGGGACGCAAUGGUCUCAUGUUUCUCCGCGCCCAACUUUGCUGUGGCAAAGGCUGUUCUUCGUAGCAACAUGCGGGCUUAUUCUGUGGGUGGUGCAGAUUUACCUGCGAGGGAGGAAUCAGCACGUCUAA